AAAUCGACAACCCGGCGGCGAGCGCCUACCCGUAACUCUUGGGCAGUGGGACCGACGCAUUGGCGGACGCGUCCAUGUUGCCUCGCUUUGCAUCUCUAUGAUGGCCUCUACCAAUUCACUCUCCGCAGCAUAUACGAGUGGUCUCCGUCGACAGCCGUCAUCCCGACAAAUGUCCCGCGCCUCGACCUCUCGCUCCGGUUCCAGGCGCACGUCACCAGAAAUACAGGAUUCAGCCUCAUAUCGAAGCAAUGACCGAUUAAUACCUAAGCGUUAUUCUGCCGGCGACAGCUCAGAUGAUGAGGUCCCAGAACCCAAAUUCAGUGCUUCUGUCAAAGCCUUACUCGACGAAGAUGGGUUGGACAUAUCCCCCCGUCUUCAUCCAAAAGGCCAAAGGGAUCAUAAACAGAGUGAUCGCGUAGCUUCGGUGUCAACAGGCCAGGAAAGGCGCUCCCAGACAACGUCACCCAACGACCAGUCGACCGGAAGCCCGGCGCCUCGAGUGGUUCGCAUAGGACCGGAUUUGACGGGCAGCGCAAGGUUUAGAAGAGAAGGAUCGCAUCUCUCAGGUAGUGAGGAUGUCAACUCUGAAGCGAGGGGAAACUCGCAUGAUUUUGUCACCCCAGCUCCGAGACAUCGCAGUGUUCGCAUUACCGGGUCACGUAGUAACACGCGAUCCCCCGUCUCGAUGUCACCUUCUCAGAGGCGAUCAGCCGACAGGAGUCUCGUGGAAGAGCAUGAUAGCGCCAGUCGCCUUGAAGAUGGGAGGAGGGUAAAAUAUGAUGAUGAUUACGGCCCGCGUCUUGGCACCGCAUCGGUACUUCGGAGUCGUAAUGGAGAGGACUUGGGCAUGCAUAGCUCGCUACGUGUGAAACGAGUGGGAAGACUAACUGGUACAUUCUUGAAUGGACCCGCAAGAAGGGGUGUGCUCCGGCGGCAAAGUGAGGAAAACAAUGAUCUAGAAAAUUACAAAGACACGAAUCCUGAUGGGAACUACGACAACGACGACUAUCAUUAUAAGUCUACGGCGAAACCGUCUUCACCGAAAGUAUCAUGGGCUGACCCCGACCCGGCACAUAAGCCCGAAGGAUAUCGGUCUUUGGAAGCUGCUGGUCCUUCAGCGAACGAAGGGCUAGGGCCCUUCUCUAGAUCGUCUUCUCCAAAAUCUUAUGGGUCGCACUCUAAAUCGACACCUGGCUCAUCAUCAGAGGCGUCAUCUAAGCCUUCAAAGAAUAUGGAAACGCCAGCUGGAAACUCGCCCAGAAAGAUUUUGUCAACACGAAGUAACAAUACGCCGCAUAGGCCGGCCCCGCCUCCUCCAAAGAUGUCUGUACUUGAGACAGCUACAGCGACAGGAGGCGCAGCAACGGCGUCUUCAUCCCGCAGAAAGCGCAAUCAAGUAUCUGUCAAUCACAAACCGUUCACACGGCUGGAUUGCAUUGGUCGAGGCGGAAGUUCACGCGUGUACCGAGUUAUGGCCGAAAACUACAAAAUAUUUGCUUUGAAGCGAGUGAAUUUAGAAGACGUCGACCCGACAACAUUAGCAGGCUACAAAGGAGAGAUAGAUUUGCUCAAAAAGCUAGAAAAUCUGGACCGUGUUGUGCGUUUGUUUGACUGGGAGUUGAACUCGGACAAGCACAACCUCAGUGUCCUCAUGGAGAUAGGGGAGUCUGACCUAGAGAAGAUUCUCACGUACCGGCUGAAUGCCGAGGAUGCCGUUUUCGAUAUUAACUUUACUCGAUAUUACUGGAAGGAGAUGCUUGAGUGCGUUCAAGCAGUCCAUAACUACAACAUCGUUCACUCGGACUUGAAGCCCGCAAACUUUCUCCUUGUACAAGGGAGAUUGAAAUUGAUUGAUUUCGGAAUUGCAAAUGCCAUCCAGGACAAUACAGUCAAUGUGCACCGUGAACAGCAAGUUGGUACGCCAAAUUAUAUGUCACCAGAAGCUUUAAUCGAUUCUAACGCAUCACUGGGGCUGCCGGCAAGCGUCGGAAAAGUGAUGAAGCUUGGUAAACCCAGUGAUGUUUGGAGCUUAGGCUGUAUCCUCUACAAGAUGGUGUACGGUCAGCCUCCUUUUGCAAAAAUUGCCAAGUAUUAUGAACGCAUCUUGGCUAUUCCGAACCCAAAUGUGAAGAUAGACUUCCCCGCUUUUGGUGUUGGGGGUAUGUCUAUCCCACCAGGAUUAAUCCGAACGUUGAAGGGGUGCUUGCAGCGUGAUCAGACAUUACGGCCGACUGUGGACGAGCUCCUCGCCCAAAGGGACCCGUUUUUAUAUCCCGAAGCACAACUCGAAGGAGCCGUCCCCGUUACCCAGGAAAUGCUCAAUAGGAUCCUGGUAAACGUCGUGAACCACUGUAAGGUGCGCGGCAUACCAAAAGAAGAAGAGCUCGCGGCUUGGCCUGCUGGAUUUUUUGCAAAGAUCAAAGCGGCAUUGGAAGAGAACUCAUGAUGACACUAGACUCGACGGUGAUUUCCUUUGUUUUCGUUGGCCUUUGAAUAUUCUUGUUUGAUAUCCCGAAUGAUCAAACGACCCGGCGUUCAUGUCUGCCUAUGAAUCUGGCACUGCCCAGUACGGCGUAUUUCCUUUGUCUUACACUUCUUGGAUCUAUAAUCUUACCUUUUGGGUAAACAGGUUUGGUGUUUUGAGGACGCGUUCGAGCGUUGUAUAUGGUUCUUCUCUCUCUCAGGGUUGCAUUGGAAGCUGUGAAAUCAGCGCGGGCUUGGA